AUGGCACUAAUGACCGAUAUCAAGACAAUCGAAUGUCUACAACGCGACGGUUUCCGAUGUGCGUGUAGCCACUUCAUUGACCUGACGAGUGCCGAGGAACGCCUUGUUGUGCCAGCUCCUGGCAUGACUGUCAGUUUCACCCACCUCUGCUAUAUUUUGCCGUUUGCGCUUGGACAGCUCGCCAGCCCAGCUGGGAGAGAGGCGGUGGACAACAUUUGGUCUGCUUUGUACUGGUACUUCCCCGAGCUGAACGGCAAGAUUGGUCCGAACAGCCUGGACCAAUACCAGAAUCUCAUCACCUUUGAUCUCACCGUUCACAAAGCUUACAACAGCCACGACCUGGCUUUCAAACCACUUCCUGGCCAGCCGAACAAGUACGAGAUCGAUAACAUGUCAGGGUGGUCCCUUACCCCCUUGCGGGACAACCAAGAUGUCAUGAGCUUGGUUUCCUCAGACGACGACAUUCCGCUCCCCGAGCCGGAAUUCUUCAUGGUUCAUCGCAGGGUCGCAAAAGUUCUCAAAAUAAGUGGGAUUCGGGCAAGGAUUGAGGCGGAGAUAAAGGCUUCUUCACUUGACCCUGAGGAACUGAAUCCUGAUGGUUCAACGGACGUGGGCUCGAUCCUACGCCGGAAGAUGCUGUUGGACGUUUAG